GUUUGUUGUUGCUCUUCACCCCCCGGACUGAAACCCCGCAGCUCUCUGCGGCCAAGAGCUCCUGUCUCAGCAGGAAGUGACGUAAAAAUCGCCGUUGGCCAAUCCGCGGCGGCGACACCAAGAGCGGACGCAAGACCCGCCCCCAGCCUUCUGAAACCGAACGCGCCCGAAGAAGAACCGUGCGAACCAGUCCGCGCUCUGCAGGAGAAGUAACAUGGACACGGAGUUGUUUAUGGAGUGUGAGGAAGAGGAGCUGGAGCCAUGGCAACAGGUGGCAGACAGCGUGGAGGAAGACGACAUAGACUUCAUAGACAGCUGUUGCGAGCCAGGAGAAGAUUCUCUUCUUCCAGCCUCUGAGACUCCGCCUCCCGGGACUCCGCCUCCAAUCCCUCCCCCCACAGCUUCGCCCCUCGUACAGAUUCUGCGCUCCCCUGCGAAGCCUCCUCUUCCUCCUCCUCGCCCGCGUCCGUCCUUCAUCACCUCUUCUCGCCCCGCCCCGUCCUCCACACCUGCCUUGGCCCCGCCCCUGAUGGCUCAGGCCCCGCCCCUCUUCCUGACACAGACAGGUGGCACGUUCCUCCUCCCAGCGGCUCCCGGAACGCCCCACUGCCAGCCUGUCCUCCUCGCCACACAGGGCUUCCCAGUGAUGAAACGCGGCGCCCCUCUCCUGCUGAACCUGCAGCCGGGUCAGACGGUCCAGCCGCUCACGCUGAUCCAGUUGCAGUCACUGGGUCAGCUGGUCCGGCCCAGCGUGGGCGUGUCCCCAGUCCAUCAGGUGGUCCAGGCAAGAGCAGCCCCCCCCCCUUCACACGUCCCUGGCACCGCCUUUACCGCCAUCAAGCUGCCGACUGCGCUGAGCUCCCGCACCGGCACGCCAGCGCCCGUUAACCAUCAGAUGACUGAAGUGGGCGGAGCCAACUGUCUGAAGAUGGCAGCUUGCCCCGCGCUCCCCUCUGGAUCGGCCAAUGGCGUCGCCCGAAUCUCUCCGUUCAGCAGCGCUCCUGACCCCGCCCCCUUUGCCUCCGCGGUUCCCGCCCACUGCAUGACCCCAUCGCUGACCUCCAACCCUCACAGGGUGGUGAUGAGCGUGGAGGAGUUCUACUACGGGACGUUGGAGGGCGACCUGAGUCUGAGGAAGCCGCUGAGGAUCAAAACCUCCUUCACCUGCCAGAUCUGCACCUACCGGGCCGAGAACAACCUGAGGUUGAUGCAGCACAUGCUCCAGCACUCCGAGUUGGUUGGAGGAACAAGUGAAGACAGGAAGUGCUGCAGGUUCUGUUACCGUCAGUUCUCGUCUCCGUCUCAGCUGCAGAGCCACGAGGAGCAGGUGCACGGCCCCGCCCCCUCCGCCUGUUUGUGUCGUAUCUGUGAGUGGGCGUUCGAGAACGAGCCGGCUUUCUUGAACCACAUGAAGUCCAACCACCAACCCGGAGAGAUGCCCUACCUCUGCCAGGUGUGUUCCCAUCGCUCCUCGUUCUACGCCGACAUCCUGCAGCACUUUGCCAGCUUCCACAGAGACUCUGGCUUCCUGAUGUGCCUCUUCUGCCUGAAGGUGACCAGAAACCCCGUCAGCUACCAGCAGCACCUGUCGAGACACCAGAUGAACCAGGCGUUCCACUGCAACAGGUGUCGCCUUCAGUUCAUCUUCCUGAAGGACAAGAUGCAGCACAAACAGGAAAACCACCGCAGCUUCCGUCGUCCCGCUGAGCUUGAAGGGCUGCCCCCGGGGUCAAAGCAGGUGACAAUCAGGACCUGUGGGAAGAUCAGGCCUCUGCUCCAGAGCCCCGCCUCCCUCAUCCAGCCAAUCAACAUCAAGAGUGAGACGUCUCCGCUCCACAGGAGUCCCGCCCUCCUCAGGUCAUCGCCACCACGCCAUGUCAACAGGUCUUCGGGCGGUGGCGGGGACCACCUGGUGUGUUUGGAGUGUGGGAGCCGUGUGCUGGACUUCUCGGCUCACUACCCGACCCACGUCCGGUGUCUGCUGUGUCCCUACAGCAGCUGCUGCUCCAGAGCUUACGCCUCCCACAUGAUCCAUCACGUGCCGCGGACCAAAGACCGAGUCCUUCCCCUGCACAGACGCUGUCCUCCAUGUGUUUACCUGUUGUGCUGCUCUCAGUGUGACUUCAGCCCUCAGACCGCUGAUCAGAUGGCUAAACAUCUACUGAGGAACCCGCUGCACCACAGCGCCACCUGCAGGCCACGGCGCUGCAUUGAACCAGACAUCCAGUUCUGCCUCCAGAAAGAGCGGCGACCCGCAAGUGGAGAAGAACCGGUCCAGAGUGCAGACCUGCCCAAUCCGUCCUGGAGGUCAGCGAGUCGAUGGAAACUGCCGUCGGAGAGCGAGGAGUUUGCUCCCGUGCUCCCGUUCCAGCAGAGCACCGGACCGCACCACUUUCUGUCAAAGAACACCGACGCCAUCGACUUCUUUCACCUGCUCUUUCCUCAGGAGCUCACGGAGCUAAUCACCAAGGAAACCAAUGCCCACGCCAAGACCUGCCGCUUCAUGGGCCUCGGCUACUCGGACUGGGUCCCCACCACCGUGCACGAGGUCAAGGGCUUCCUUGGCCUAGUCAUCUUGAUGGGGCUCCACAACCUCCCCGACCCGUCACAGUACUGGUCCUGGAGCCACUACGACAACAGCUACGCCUUCUAUCGCGCAAUGAGCUUCAAGCGCUUCCAGCAGAUCACCGCCAACAUCCGCAUGGGCAGCUUCGCCACGGAGCAGCUCUGUGGAACCAGUAACCCCAACGACCCGCUGCACAUCUUCAGGCCGAUGCUGCGCCUCCUGGGCGCCGCCAUGUGGAGUGCCUACAAACCAAACUGCUGCCUGUCCGUGGACCAGGCGCUGCUGCCCGGCCCCGAUGAGGCGGGCUCAAAGACCCGGCCCAAGGCAUGGCUGCUCUGCGACUCCAAGUCCGGCUACUGCCACCGCUUCUUCAUCCAGGCAGGGGAGGGUGAGGGCCUGGGGCAGGGCUUCACCGUGGUGCCAGAGCUGGUGGAGGACCUGGAGGACAAACACCACCAGCUCUACCUGGCAAGUUCGCUGGCCUCCGUCCCGCUCAUGCAAAAGCUUUUGGACCUGGGCAUCUACGCCUCCAGCUCCUUUCCCCCGCUCAGCCCCGUCUUGCCCCGGGAGUUGUGGGAGGAGGGUCACCUGGAGCGACCCGGGGACUUUCUGCAGAGGCGGUUUGGCUCCCUGCUGGCCACCCGCUGGAGAGACACCAAAGAGAUGGGCUGCCUGUCAACCAACGCGGCCCCUGGCGAGCAGGACACCGUCUGGAGGAGGUCUCAGACCAGAGUGGGCGGACUAGACCCUGUGGACCGCCCCAUGGCCUUCUGCCUCCUGCAGGAGAACAUGCGAGGUGUUGACAUCUGCAAGCAGCUGCUGGCCUGCAACCCGCUGGGAGGAAUCCUCCAGGACCGACACUGGCGCGGCCUCUUCUGGUUCCUGGUGAACCUGAGCAUUGUCAACGCCUUCAUCGUGCUGCGGGAAAGCCGCAAGGAGAACCCGCCAGCCUGGGUGCAGGACGGCCUCUUCACGCAGGUCAGCUUCCGCAAGCGCCUGGGCAACCAGCUCGCCAAGUGUGCUCAGAACCACUCGGAGACCGUGGAGAUCGCCGGCUCCCGCGCAACCAGGGCAGAGGCGCCAGUGGAGCAGAGGCACCGCAUGGGUAAGAUUAGCAGCAUCUCCAAGAGAUGCAAGACCUGCCACCUGAAGAACCUCCGGCACGAGAGUGUCUACGGCUGCGUCGUCUGCAGGGCGAACCUGUGCAAACACCCCAGCUGCUUCUGGGAGUUUCACGGCCUCUCACCCCGGAACAAAGGUUCAACAAGAGUGGGAUUCAUCAAGGACAGAAUCAGCGGUGAUGUCACGGUGAAGGAGGUCGAGGACAAUGUGGACGGGGCCAUGGCGCCCGUGGAGGACUUUGAUUUCUCUGACAACGACGUGGACGACAUAGAAUAUGACGACGUCGACGACAUCAAGGAAGAGCUCGUCGAAGAAGUAAAGCCCCUGACAUCUCGCCCAUCGUCAAUGACGACCAAGGGGGCAACCGCCUCAUCUGUUGGUAAAGACGAUUUCCUCACCGCCCGCAAGCUCCGCGUCGCCCUCUCAGCCCUGUGUGACGGAGUACGCCAGGCCUCCAGGGUGUUUCUCACCGAGCCGGGCCUCAUCCGGUCCUGGCUGCGGGAGGCUGGGAGACGCCAAAGGUCAGCCGCGCAGGAGCGGCCCAGGACGGACGGCGAUGGCGCUGCCCGCAUGGUGGCCUGGGUGCUGUCCAUGCGCGAGCAGCAGCUUCCCAUCACGGAGAGCAACUUCUUUCGCAAGGCCUCCGCGCUGAAGAAGAAGGGGGUUUUCAGCAACGCCUUCCGCAUCUCCUACAACUGGGCGGUAGGCUUCAUGCUGGAGCACCAACUGGGCGUCGGCAGCUCGCCCGGCGCAGCUCUGCCUUUGCCGCCUUCCCUAGAGGCCAAGGUCGGAUCCUUCAGGGAGUUCACGCAGAAGGUCGUCCGGGCCAACGGACUCACGGACAGCGCCGUGGCCGCUAUGGACGAAUUGUGUCUAUUUGUGGAUGUACGGCUGGUCCAGGACAAGUCCCGGCGUUCUGAGGCGCUGGAGCUCACCGGGUCUCUGCCGCUGGUCACCGUGUACCUGGCGGCGCUGGCCGACGGGACCAUGCUGCCGUCGAUGAUUCUGGCGAACCGGCAGAUGUCUGAGAAGGUCCUUCCCGAGUUUAUCCAUACCGGACCGGAAGGCCUGCCAGUAGAAGAAGCCCUGGAUCUGUGGACCAACAAAAUAUGGCUGAAGCAUGUUUACGGGCCUGCCAGGCCCGGUAAAUCCAUGCUGGUCCUGGACCGGCACCGAGAGCACAUGGGAGAUCCCUUUCUCGCCAUUAUCAGCGGGGCGGGAACCCUGCCGGCCAUGAUCCCUGCAGGCUGCUCCUCCGGUCUUCAGCCACUGGAGGUCUGUGCGAGGCCGGUGUUGCAGCGUUUCCUGUUGGCUCGUUGGGCCAAGUUCAUUGCUGGGAACCCGGAGGAGCUGGAGGAAACGGCGGCGCACCAGCUCCAAGCCAACGUGGCCCAGCUGCUGGUUGAUUGGUUGGUCGAGGCACUGACACACUUAAACCAGCUUCCGCGGCUCUUGCAGAAGUCAUUCUGCCUGUCGGGCCUUCUGCGAGAGGAGAACGAGGAGGAGCAGACGAUGAGUCCAGAGGGGAUCCAAGCGGACAUCCUCAAAAGCCUGACUGAGAUCCUGCUGGGGCCCGAGGCCUCGGAUGACCUCCCCGAGCUGCUGGAGGAUGAAGAGGACGCCGGCGAGGACCAAGGAGAUUUACAGAUGGCACCAGAGGAAGAAGAAGGCAAGGAGGUGAACGUAGAAAAGGAUGCAAUCAGAGGUGAGGAAGACAAGAAGGAGACAGGGGAAGACAGGGAAAAAGAAGCAGAGAAGCUCGAGGAGGACAGCGAGGAGGGAGGAGAUGAGACAGCGGAGGACAGGAAGGAAGCAAGCAAGAGGAGACGUGAGACCAGGAUCAUGGUUGGAGAGGAAGUUGGCGACGAGUGGAAGAUAACGGGGAAGAGCCGGGCCGACGGCGUGGAAGAAAGCUGAAGCAAAGACGGAGACGUGAAGUGGGCGGCUACGGCUGUGGCUCCACCCACAAACCCACCUGUUCAGGUCAUCAAGCUCCAAAUGAGCUGGAACACACAUGUAUAAAAAUGAGAUGUUGGACAGACGAUGUGACUGAUGAUGGAUUCUAUUCCUCUUUAAUAAAAUAAAUCUUCAGCUUUGGGUCUUUUUAUUAGUGAUGAAAUGUUUAAAUACAAAUUAAAGUGCAGCCAAGCUCUCCGUCUUAAAGCAGCAUUCUCUACUAAUAUAGAAGUUCGUCAGUCAUCCUCUACACCGCUUACCUAAAGAGGGUCGCGGGGGUCAAUGGAGUCCACACCAGCAGAGACCGGGUCCAGUGGACUGGCCUCCAGUCACAUAGACACACAGAACCAGCACACGGGAAAGUUAAACCUUAGGCUGGAGCGUUUUAGAUUACAUUAGAUUAUGAGCUUGUCUCUGCACUGGGGGAGGAAGCCCGAGAACCCAAACAGCCUCCACCCAGAGAGGUGCUGGGGGAUUUGAACCCAGGACCUUCUUCUGAGGACACAGUGCUAACCACCGUGCCACACCGGUCCCGUAGAGGUCUAUGGGGAAAUGACUCCACUUCUCUCUUGGUUUAUUCCCUCAGUAAACAUUGUAAAGUUUAUGGUCUCUAGUUUCAAGUCUUCAACACAGCCUGAUGGUCAUUUAGUACAUUAUGGUCCAUGAAGAGUCCAACAUGGGCCGAGUCUCAACGCCGCUCGGCGGCCUCCUUCAGGACGCAGACGUCACUUCCGCUGCGACUCGUCCGUCCCAACCGUCGUCCUCCGAACGCGGUGGAGGGACGCAGUCCUCCAGGAGCCGUUUGGAGGACACAUCCGACCUGUCCUUUGCGGACCAGCAUAUCCCAGCAUGCAGUGCGGGAUUUAAUUUAUUCAGGACCCGGGUCCAUGUUCUGUUCUUCUGAACAUCAAAGUACAAACACACAUUUAUAACAAACGAACCUGAAAUAUCACUUUCUGUCAGUAACGUUACAGAAUAAAUACAGAAGGAAACUGAA